AAAUNGUUGUUUUUGGCUACCUCUUCUGUCUGAAGAACUGGAAUAGCAGUAACAUCUAUCUUUUUAACCUCUCUAUCUCUGACUUAGCUUUUUUGUGCACCCUUCCCAUACUGAUGGGAAGCUAUGCCCACGGAACAUGGACAAAUGGGAAGGUGCUCUGCAUCACCAACCGAUACAUGCUUCACGCCAACCUCUACACCAGCAUUCUUUUCCUCACUUUCAUCAGCAUUGAUCGGUACCUGCUUAUGAAGCAUCCUUUCCGAGAACACCUUCUGCAAAAGAAAGAGUUUGCGGUUUUCAUCUCUUUGGCCAUUUGGGUUUUAGUAACCUUAGAGUUACUGCCCAUGCUUCUUUUUAUAAAUUUUGAUAGUGGGCGUAAUUACACCCAAUGUAGUGAUUAUGCAAGUUCUGGUGACCCCAAGUACAGUCUCAUUUAUAGCAUAUGUCUAACCUUCUUGGGAUUCCUCAUUCCUCUUUUUGUGAUCUGCUUCUUUUAUUUCAAGAUUGCUCUCUUCCUAAAGCAGAGGAUUAGACAGCUGGCUACCACUUUGCCCCUUGAAAAGCCUCUCAACUUAGUCAUAUGGGCGGUUGUGAUCUUCUCCGUGCUCUUCACUCCUUACCACGUCAUGCGCAAUGUGAGGAUCGCUUCACGCCUGCAGGCCUGGAAGCAGCCCCCGUGCGCGCCGGUCAUCAUCCGCUCCAUCUACGUUGUGACUCGGCCUUUGGCCUUUCUGAACAGUGUCAUCAAUCCUGUCUUCUAUUUCCUUAUGGGAGAUCACUUCAGGGAGAUGUUGGUGAAUAAACUGAGGCACCACUUCAAGUCUCUUACAACCUUUAGAAGAAGAUAAGCUAAUGGACUGGUGUUUGCAUUCAGGGAAAAGUGAGGUGCAGGACAAACAGAUUGUUUUACACAUGCAGUUGUAGGCCAGUUGGGGUUUGACUAACUCAUAGACGUAAACCCGACAGGAUCAUCGACCUGACCUUUAUUUAAAGACACGGUGUACCCAGAGUACGUGAAAAAAAAAAAAUGAGGAGAAUGCAUUGGUUUGGUCUCCUAAGAAUUCAAAGAAGUUGGACUAGCACAAAUGUUUGGAUGUGUAAAUCCGAAAUCCUAGGUGUUACCAAACCUUCUCAAUUGGUGUAAGAGGAAUAGAAGAUAGAUAAAAGCAGCAAGUUUGUCUGCAUUUAAUCAUUGGCCGGAUUGUAAAAAGAAAUUGUUUUGGCAACAUUCUCUAUAUUAUGCUAAUUCAUAAAAAUCCUAUAACUUUAUGUGAAAAUUGAAGAGCAAAUUAGACAUUCGUUACUAAAUAUUUUUGUUAGAAGUUGUGCUCUUCAGCAAAUUUAAAGUAAACAGUAACAAUAAUGAACAAGACACCAAUAUAACAAGU